AUGAGUAGGAAAAGAAAGACUGAAACAGAAUUAGUAGGAAGGGGGAAAGGCUUACAGGCGCUUGUGCAGCAUCUAGAUGUGUUACAAGAAGACAAGGAGGGCUUGUAUGAAGUCCAAGAAUCUCCCUCCAAAAAAUUUCAAGCUGCAAAUAUGUUAUCUAUCAAAGGAGCCCAGACUGAAAUCCAACAGGAAAGAGGAAGCAAAUACACUGAGGUUGUUCAGCAGAAACAAAACACUUCUGCUACAGUUCCAUCUAAGGUGAACAUCAUCCAGCCAAUGCUGACAAAUCCAGUAAUAACACCUUCCAAUCCUGCUCACAACGGCCGUGUGUGCAGCACAUGGGGCAACUUCCACUUCAAGACCUUUGAUGGAGACAUAUUCUCCUUCCCUGGGCUCUGUAAUUAUGUUUUUGCAUCCCAUUGCAACACACCCUAUGAGGAUUUCAACAUCCAGAUUAGGCGCAUAGUGGUGGAAAAUGCUCCAACGGUCAACCGUAUCACCAUGAAACUUGAAGGUGUAGCUGCUGAACUAACAAAGGAUGUUGUCGUGAUCAACGGUAACAGAGUUCAACUGCCAUACAGCCAAUCCGGAAUUACCAUAGCAAAAAGCAGCAUUUAUGUGAAAGUUGCCAGCAAAAUGGGUAUUGUGUUAAUGUGGAAUGAAGAUGAUAGUAUCCUGCUGGAAUUGAAUGAGAAAUAUGCCAAUCAGACCUGUGGACUUUGUGGGGACUUCAACGGCUUUCCAAUUUACAAUGAGUUCUAUUCAAACAAUAUUAAGAUGACAGCCUUGCAGUUUGGGAAUAUGCAGAAAAUGGAUGGGCCAACAGAACACUGUGAAGACUCCCUUCCUACCCUGCCACAUAAUUGCACUGAUAAUUUUGAUGACAUAUGCCAGAAAACAUUGACCAGCUCUGCAUUUGAAGAGUGUAAUGACCUAGUUGAUGUUAGAGAGUACAUUAUGGCUUGCCAAGAUGACUUGUGCCUCUCUGAAGAGUCUAAGAAUGCCUCAUGUAUCUGUGACACCUUUGCUGAAUACUCCCGGCAGUGUGCUCAUGCUGGUGGGCAUCCUUGGAACUGGAGAACCUCAAAACUGUGCCCCAAGAAGUGUCCUUACAACAUGCAGUACCAGGAGUGCAGCUCUCCCUGUGCUGACACAUGCACCAAUCCUGAACGAUCUCAGUUUUGUGAAGAACACUGUAUGGAUGGUUGUUUCUGCCCCCCAGGGACUGUAUUUGAUGACAUCAACAAUUCUGGCUGCAUUCCCCAUCAGCAGUGCUCCUGUGUUUACAAUGGCAACACCUAUGCUACAGGGACUUCUUUUUCAGAGCAGUGGCAAACCUGUACCUGUAAUGGAGGCCGGUGGAGUUGCCAAGACACGUCAUACCCAGGAACAUGUUCAGUAGAGGGAGGUUCGCACAUUACCACAUAUGAUAAAAAAUACUAUGAUCACCAUGGAGACUGCACUUACGUCCUUUCUAAGCACUGUAAAGAUGAAACAUUCACCAUCCUGGUAGAACUACGCAAAUGUGGCCUAACAGACACUGAGACAUGCUUAAAGACAGUGACCCUCAACAUGAAUAAAGGACAAACUCUCAUUGAGGUCAAACCUGAUGGUGGUGUGUUUGUGAACUCGAUCUACACCCAGCUGCCCAUUUCAGCAGCUAAUGUCACCGUGUUCAGACCUUCAACAUUCUUCAUCAUCAUGCAGACAAAGUUUGGCGUCCACCUUGAAAUCCAAAUCACACCCAUCAUGCAAGUGUUUGUGCGACUGGAUCCUAUUUUCAAAGACCAGACCUGUGGUCUCUGUGGAAAUUUCAAUGAUAACCAAAUGGAUGACUUCAAGGCCAUAAGUGGAAUAAUUGAAGGAACAGCAACAGCAUUUGCUAAUACAUGGAAAACUCAGGCUUUAUGCCCUAAUAUCCAGCACAGUUUUGAGAACCCUUGUGCACUCAGCAUUGAUAAUGAAAAAUAUGCUCAGCAUUGGUGUGGACUACUAAGUGAUAGCAAAGGACCUUUUGCUGAUUGUCACUAUGCAGUGAAUCCCUCUGUUUACCACACGAACUGCAUGUUUGACACAUGUAACUGCGAAAAUAGUGAGGACUGUCUGUGUGCAGCCCUGUCUUCCUAUGUGAGAGCUUGUGCUGCAAAAGGAAUCCAGCUGCGUGGAUGGAGGACUGAUGUCUGCUCAAAAUACACCACCUCAUGUCCCAAAUCCCUAAGCUACAGCUAUACCAUCUCUUCCUGUCAACCAACUUGUCGGUCUCUGAGUGAGCCUGAUGUCACAUGCAACAUUAAGUUUGUCCCAGUUGAUGGCUGCACCUGCGUAAAUGGAACCUACAUGGAUGAGAGUGGCAAAUGUGUGCCUGCUAAUGAAUGCCCCUGUUACUACCGAGGAUCUCCCAUAGCAUUUGGAGAAGUUGUCCAUGAAAAUGGGCUUGUAUGCACUUGCAUCCAGGGAAGACUGAAUUGCAUUGGAGAACCCAAGCCAACUCCAGUGUGUGAAUCUCCCAUGGUCUACUUUGACUGUAGAAACAUCACUGCAGGAACAACUGGAGCAGAAUGUCAAAAAAGUUGCAAGACUCUGGAUAUGGAGUGUUAUAGCACGCAAUGUGUACCUGGCUGCAUGUGCCCAGCUGGGCUUGUGUUAGAUGAGAAUGGUGGUUGUAUUUCUGAUGAGAAAUGUCCGUGUAUUCACAAUGAAGCCAUAUAUCAGCCUGGGGAAAAGAUCAACGUUGACUGUAACACCUGUGUAUGCAAGAAUAGGAAGUGGGAAUGCACCGAAGAUCAAUGUCUGGGCACUUGUGCUGUUUAUGGAGAUGGUCAUUAUAAUACCUUUGAUGACAAAAGGUUCAGCUUCAAUGGAAACUGUGAAUACACACUAGUCCAGGACCACUGUGGGAAAAGUGGCACAGCCAAUGGGACCUUCAGGGUUAUCACUGAAAAUAUUCCCUGUGGCAACACUGGGACAACUUGCUCAAAAUCUAUCAAAGUUUUCUUAGAGAGCUAUGAACUUAUACUUUUGGAGGAGCAUGUCAGUGUUAUAAAGAGAGGACAAAAUCAUGAGGUGCCAUAUACAUUCCGCUAUAUGGGUAUUUACUUGGUAAUUGAGACCACAAGUGGACUGAUCCUCAUGUGGGACAAGAAAACCAGCAUCUUCAUCAAGCUCAGCCCUGAUUUUAAGGGCCAGAUCUGUGGCCUCUGUGGAAAUUAUGAUGGCAACGGCAUCAAUGACUUUACUACAAGGAGUCAGUCUGUGGUAGAGAAUGUCCUCGAGUUUGGAAACAGCUGGAAAGUAUCCUCUACAUGUCCUGAUGCUUACAGCGUGAAGGACCCAUGUUCUACCAACCCGUAUCGAAAGUCCUGGUCAGAGAAGCAGUGUAGCAUCAUCAACAGCAACGUCUUUGCCACCUGUCACUCUCAGGUUGAACCAGCAAAAUAUUACCAAGCAUGUGUGACGGAUGCUUGUGCAUGUGACACUGGAGGAGACUGUGAUUGCUUCUGUACAGCAGUAGCUGCCUAUGCUCAAGCAUGUAGUGAAGUUGGUGUCUGCGUAGCCUGGAGAACCCCAUCAAUCUGUCCACUGUUCUGUGAUUACUACAAUCAACAAGGGGAAUGUGAAUGGCACUAUAAGCCUUGUGGAGCCUCCUGUAUGAAGACCUGUAGGAACCCAAGCGGAAAAUGCCUCCACAACUUGCCAGGUUUAGAAGGCUGCUACCCUAACUGCCCGCCAGACAAGCCAUAUUUUCAUGAGGAUCAGAUGAAGUGCGUCAGUCUCUGUGACUGUUAUGAUAAUGAAGAUGGAAAGAUAUAUAGACGGGAUGAAUGUCGUUUAUGUGAAUGCACAUCAGAAGGUUUACAGUGCAAGUUUGACGAUAAAGAAGUGACAACUGCAACGCCAGUGACAACUGUAUGUGUAAAGAACGUAUGUGCAUGGUCAGAAUGGUAUGAUUCCACACAGCCUGAAAACAAAGAGGACAGUGGAGAUUAUGAAACAUUUGAAAAUCUCAGAGGAAAAGGAUACAGCGUAUGUAAAAACCCAAAUGGUGUUCAAUGCAGAGCCAAAGAACACCCAGAUACAGAAAUAAACAAUCUUAACCAAACAGUACACUGUAGUCAAAGCAAAGGAUUAAUAUGCAAUAACACAGACCAACAAUCAAAGCACUGCUAUAAUUAUGAAAUCAGAAUAUCAUGCUGCAGCUAUAUACCAUGUUCAGAAAUAUCAACUAUAACACCAACAACCACAGAAGAAUUGACAACUACUGCUGUAAAAUCAACACCAUUUACGUUACAGACGAAGAUAAAACCAACAACAAAUACUAAAGAAACUGAAGCACAAAAAACCAAAAUACCUACAGUAUCACCGAAAACAACAGAGAGCACGACUCCUCUAACUUCAGUUACAGCACAGACAUCACAAGUCUCAACAGCAAGUUAUCAGACAACAUCAGCUCCAGGAGAAAUCAUCACGGUGGCAACGCAGCCUACAGCAUCAUCGACUACGGCCUCCACUGUCCCCGAACCAAAAAUAAAAACCACCACUGCCACCACAGUUGUCCCCAGUACCACUGCCCCACCAACACAAGGCACAACAAUCAUCACUACCACCAGCAAUGCCAGCACCUCCAGGACCACCGAGAGAAGCACCACAACAUCCACAGCCACGUCUGCUCCAGCAGAAACCUCCACUGUGGCAACCCAGCCUCCAACAUCACCCACUACCGCCUCCACUGUCCCUGAACCAAAAAUAAAAACCACCAUUGGCACCACAGUUGUCCCCAGUACCACUGUCCCGUCAACAGAAGGCACAACCAUCAUCACUACCACCAGCAGUGCCAGCACCACCAACACCUCUCUGCCUCUGACAGAAGGCACAACCACCAUCACCACACCUACAGUGCCCACCUCAGCAGGCAGCAGUGCCAGCACCUCCAGGACCACCGAGAGAAGCACCACAACAUCCACAGCCAUCACUGCCCCACCAACACAAGGCACAACCAUCAUCACUACCACCAGCAGUGCCAGCACCUCCAGGACCACCGAGAGAAGCACCACAACGACCACAGCCACGUCUGCUCCAGCAGAAACCUCCACUGCGGCACCCCAGCCUCCAACAUCACCCACUACUGCCUCCAAUGUCCCCGAACCAAAAAUAAAAACCACCACUGGCACCACGGUUGUCCCCAGUACCACUGCCCCACCAACACAAGCCACAACCAUCAUCACUACCACCAGCAGGGCCAGCACCUCCAGCACCACCGAGAGAAGCACCACAACGUCCACAGCCACGUCUGCUCCAGCAGAGACCUCCACUGUGGCAACCCAGCCUCCAACAUCACCCACUACUGCCUCCACUGUCCCCGAACCAAAAAUAAAAACCACCAUUGGCACCACAGUUGUCCCCAGUACCACUGCCCCACCAACAGAAGGCACAACUGUCAUCACUACCACACGCAGGGCCAGCACCACCAACACCUCUCCACCUCUGACAGAAGGCACAACCACCAUCACCACAGCCACACCUACAGUGCCCACCUCAGCAGCCAGCAGUGCGAGCACCUCCAGGACCACCGAGAGAAGCACCACAACAUCCACAGCCACGUCUGCUCCAGCAGAAACCUCCACUGUGGCAACCCAGCCUCCAACAUCACCCACUACUGCCUCCAGUGUCCCCGAACCAAAAAUAAAAACCACCACUGCCACCACAGUUGUCCCCAAUACCACUGCACCACUAACACAAGGCACAACCACCACCACCACACCCACACCUACAGUGCCCACCUCAGCAGCCAGCAGUGCCAGCAGUGCCUUCAGGACCAUCGAGAGAAGCACCACAACGUCCACAGCCACCACUGCCCCACCAACACAAGGCACAACCACCAGCACCACACCCACACCUACAGUGCCCACCUCAGCAGCCAGCAGUGCCAGCAGUGCCUUCAGGACCACCGAGAGAAGCACCACAACGACCACAGCCACGUCUGCUCCAGCAGAAACCUCCACUGCGGCACCCCAGCCUCCAACAUCACCCACUACUGCCUCCACUGUCCCCGAACCAAAAAUAAAAACCACCACUGGCACCACGGUUGUCCCCAGUACCACUGCCCCACCAACACAAGCCACAACCAUCAUCACUACCACCAGCAGGGCCAGCACCACCAACACCUCUCCGCCUCUUACACAAGGCACAACAACCAUCACCACACCUACAGUGCCCACCUCAGCAGCCAGCAGUGCCAGCACCUCCAGGACCACCGAGAGAAGCACCACAACGUCCACAGCCACGUCUGCUCCAGCAGAAACCUCCACUGUGGCGACCCAGCCUCCAACGUCACCCAUGACCGCCUCCACUGUCCCCGAACCAAAAAUAAAAACCACCAUUGCCACCACUGUUGUCCCCAGUACCACUGCACCACCAACACAAGGCACAACCACCAUCACCACACCCACGCCUACAGUGCCCACCACCAGCAGGGCCAGCACCACCAACACCUCUCCGCCUCUGACAGAAGGCACAACCACCAUCACCACACCAGCAUCAACAGUGCCCACCUCAGCAGCCAUCACCACUGUCAGCACCUCCGAGACCACAAAGAGCUGCCAGCAGCGCUGUACCUGGACGCAAUGGUUUGACUUGGAUUCCCCUAGUCCUGGUAGCGAAAAUGGAGACAUAGAGACGUUUGCAAAAAUCCGAGCUGCUGGGUAUGCACUGUGCGACAAGCCACAAGACAUCAAGUGCCGUGCUAAAGAUUACCCUGAUAGGAGUCUGGACAAAUUGGGACAGACAUUUGAGUGCAGCGUUGACACUGGGCUUGUGUGCCGAAAUAAGGAUCAGAUCACAAAGUACCCCAUAUGCUUCAACUAUGAGGUCAGGGUGCUGUGCUGUGACCGUAAACACUGCCAGACAACAUCAGCACCUCCAGGCACCACUGCAGGCUCCUCUACCAGUGUCUUUCCUGCAGAAACCUCCACCGUAGCAACCCAAACUCCCGCACCACUAACUACCACCUCCACCCUCCCCAAGACAGCAAUGACAACCACCACCGGCACCACGGUUGUCCCCAGUACCACUGCCCCACCAACAGAAGGCACAACUGUCAUCACCACCACCAGCAGGGCCAGCACCACCAACACCUCUCCGCCUCUGACAGAAGGCACAACCACCAUCACCACACCCACACCUACAGUGCCCACCUCAGCAGCCAGCAGUGCCAGCACCUCCAGGACCACCGAGAGAAGCACCACAACGUCCACAGCCACGUCUGCUCCAGCAGAGACCUCCACUGUGGCAACCCAGCCUCCAACAUCACUCACUACUGCCUCCAGUGUCCCCGAACCAAAAAUAAAAACCACCACUGCCACCACAGUUGUCCCCAGUACCACUGCCCCACCAACACAAGGUACAACCAUCAUCACUACCAUCAGCAGUGCUAGCACCUCCAGCACCACCGAGAGAAGCACCACAACGACCACAGCCACGUCUGCUCCAGCAGAAACCUCCACUGCGGCACCCCAGCCUCCAACAUCACCCACUACUGCCUCCACUGUCCCCGAACCAAAAAUAAAAACCACCACUGGCACCACGGUUGUCCCCAGUACCACUGCCCCACCAACACAAGCCACAACCAUCAUCACUACCACCAGCAGGGCCAGCACCACCAACACCUCUCCGCCUCUUACACAAGGCACAACAACCAUCACCACACCUACAGUGCCCACCUCAGCAGCCAGCAGUGCCAGCACCUCCAGGACCACCGAGAGAAGCACCACAACAUCCACAGCCACGUCUGCUCCAGCAGAAACCUCCACUGCGGCACCCCAGCCUCCAACAUCACCCACUACUGCCUCCAAUGUCCCCGAACCAAAAAUAAAAACCACCACUGGCACCACGGUUGUCCCCAGUACCACUGCCCCACCAACACAAGCCACAACCAUCAUCACUACCACCAGCAGGGCCAGCACCUCCAACACCUCUCCAUCUCUGACAGAAGGCACAACCAGCAUCACCACACCUACAGUGCCCACCUCAGCAGCCAGCAGUGCCAGCACCUCCAAGACCACCGAGAGAAGCACCACAACCUCCACAGCCACGUCUGCUCCAGCAGAGACCUCCACUGUGGCAACCCAGCCUCCAACAUCACCCACUACUGCCUCCACUGUCCCCGAACCAAAAAUAAAAACCACCACUGGCACCACGGUUGUCCCCAGUACCACUGCCCCACCAACAGAAGGCACAACUGUCAUCACUACCACCCGCAGGGCCAGCACCACCAACACCUCUCCACCUCUGACAGAAGGCACAACCACCAUCACCACAGCCACACCUACAGUGCCCACCUCAGCAGCCAGCAGUGCCAGCACCUCCAGGACCACCGAGAGAAGCACCACAACAUCCACAGCCACGUCUGCUCCAGCAGAAACCUCCACUGUGGCAACCCAGCCUCCAACAUCACCCACUACUGCCUCCAGUGUCCCCGAACCAAAAAUAAAAACCACCACUGCCACCACAGUUGUCCCCAAUACCACUGCACCACUAACACAAGGCACAACCACCACCACCACACCCACACCUACAGUGCCCACCUCAGCAGCCAGCAGUGCCAGCAGUGCCUUCAGGACCAUCGAGAGAAGCACCACAACGUCCACAGCCACCACUGCCCCACCAACACAAGGCACAACCAUCAUCACUACCACCAGCAGUGCCAGCACCUCCAGGACCACCGAGAGAAGCACCACAACGACCACAGCCACGUCUGCUCCAGCAGAAACCUCCACUGCGGCACCCCAGCCUCCAACAUCACCCACUACUGCCUCCACUGUCCCCGAACCAAAAAUAAAAACCACCACUGGCACCACGGUUGUCCCCAGUACCACUGCCCCACCAACACAAGCCACAACCAUCAUCACUACCACCAGCAGGGCCAGCACCACCAACACCUCUCCGCCUCUUACACAAGGCACAACAACCAUCACCACACCUACAGUGCCCACCUCAGCAGCCAGCAGUGCCAGCACCUCCAGGACCACCGAGAGAAGCACCACAACGUCCACAGCCACGUCUGCUCCAGCAGAAACCUCCACUGUGGCAACCCAGCCUCCAACGUCACCCACUACUGCCUCCACUGUCCCCGAACCAAAAAUAAAAACCACCAUUGCCACCACUGUUGUCCCCAGUACCACUGCACCACCAACACAAGGCACAACCACCAUCACCACACCCACGCCUACAGUGCCCACCACCAGCAGGGCCAGCACCACCAACACCUCUCCGCCUCUGACAGAAGGCACAACCACCAUCACCACACCAGCAUCAACAGUGCCCACCUCAGCAGCCAUCACCACUGUCAGCACCUCCGAGACCACAAAGAGCUGCCAGCAGCGCUGUACCUGGACGCAAUGGUUUGACUUGGAUUCCCCUAGUCCUGGUAGCGAAAAUGGAGACAUAGAGACGUUUGCAAAAAUCCGAGCUGCUGGGUAUGCACUGUGCGACAAGCCACAAGACAUCAAGUGCCGUGCUAAAGAUUACCCUGAUAGGAGUCUGGACAAACUGGGACAGACAUUUGAGUGCAGCGUUGACACUGGGCUUGUGUGCCGAAAUAAGGAUCAGAUCACAAAGUACCCCAUAUGCUUCAACUAUGAGGUCAGGGUGCUGUGCUGUGACCGUAAACACUGCCAGACAACAUCAGCACCUCCAGGCACCACUGCAGGCUCCUCUACCACAGUCUUUCCUGCAGAAACCUCCACCGUAGCAACCCAAACUCCCGCACCACUAACUACCACCUCCACCCUCCCCAAGACAGCAAUGACAACCACCACCGGCACCACGGUUGUCCCCAGUACCACUGCCCCACCAACAGAAGGCACAACUGUCAUCACCACCACCAGCAGGGCCAGCACCACCAACACCUCUCCGCCUCUGACAGAAGGCACAACCACCAUCACCACACCCACACCUACAGUGCCCACCUCAGCAGCCAGCAGUGCCAGCACCUCCAGGACCACCGAGAGAAGCACCACAACGUCCACAGCCACGUCUGCUCCAGCAGAAACCUCCACUGCGGCAACCCAGCCUCCAACAUCACCCACUACUGCCUCCAAUGUCCCCGAACCAAAAAUAAAAACCACCACUGGCACCACGGUUGUCCCCAGUACCACUGCCCCACCAAGACAAGGCACAACCAUCAUCACUACCAUCAGCAGUGCUAGCACCUCCAGCACCACCGAGAGAAGCACCACAACGUCCACAGUCAUGUCUGCUCCAGCAGAGACCUCCACUGUGGCAACCCAGCCUCCAACAUCACCCACUACUGCCUCCACUGUCCCCGAACCAAAAAUAAAAACCACCAUUGCCACCACGGUUGUCCCCAGUACCACUGCCCCACCAACACAAGCCACAACCAUCAUCACUACCACCAGCAGUGCCAGCACCUCCAGGAUCACCGAGAGAAGCACCACAACCUCCGCACCCACAUAUUCUCCAGCAGAAACCUCCACUGCGGCACCCCAGCCUCCAACAUCACCCGCUACCGCCUCCACUCCCCCCCCUUCACGAAUUACAAGCACCAUAGGCGGUACAGCUAUUCUUAGAACAUCUGUUUCUUCUACUGGACCAAGUCCUGCCACCACUUUUUUUCCUACAACUUUCACUACCACAAGCAGCCCAGUAGCUACAAGUGGUACAUCACAAUCAAGUCAUGUUACAACGAGCACUUCUACAAUCUUCAGUUCUUCCCCCAGCACACCUGUCACAACAGAAGCAAGUACAUAUGUUACAUCAAGUGCAACAGCUCCAUGUUUUUGCCAUGUGUUUGGUAAUUUCUUUUCUCCUGGGGAAGUGGUGUACAACAGAACCGAUAGGGCUGGCUGUAAUUUCUACGCACUUUGCAGCAAGGAAUGCGAAAUUGAGCCGUUUCAGGGGCCAUGUCCUUCGACAACUCCUUUCACUUCAGCCGCCUCAGAAACUACAACACAAGCCGCCUCAUCCACAGAACGCGUAUUUCCUUCUGUCUCACCAACCACAGCAACAUCCCUCACAACUCCAGUAGAAAGAAACUGCACUGAUGUCAGUCCUCCACGAAAGCCUGGAGAGAACUGGACAAGUGAAUGCCAGCAGUGUGUCUGUGACCUCAUCACUAGUACCGUACAAUGCGAGCGGCUCCCAUGCCAAACAGUUCAGACACCAAUUUGUGACCUAGGAUUUGUUACCGUGCCUGUACUACCACCAAAAGACCCAUGUUGUCCUGAAUAUGAAUGCCAACCACUACCUGACAUCUGUGUGAUUAAUGGUACAAUCUACCCGGUUGGAAUGUCAAUAGUAAUCAAUUCAUGUAAGAAAUGUACCUGCAGUUCUGAGAAAGAUCCAGUGACUAAAGCAAAUAUUGUGCAUUGUGAAACAGUUCAGUGUGAAACAUCUUGCCCACUGGGUCAUCAAUAUAUGACUGAGGAUGGAGAGUGCUGUGGGAAGUGUAUUGAGGUAGCUUGCAAAGUCAAACUAAGUAACAACACUGUUCAGGUGCUCAAGGUUAAUGAGAUCCUGCCACUUGAUCAUUGCAGCCAUUACAAAUGUGAAAAAAUUGAAGAUCAAUUUGUUGCAGUCCAAACUAAAAAAAUAUGCCCUGAGUACGACCCAGGAGAGUGUGAUCCUGAUGAAGCAGAGACUACUCCAGAUGGCUGCUGCAAAAUAUGUAAACCCACAAACUGCAAACCUUACACCAAGAAAACUGUGAUCCGCCAAGGUGACUGUGAAUCUUCUGAACCUGUUGAGCUGAGAUAUUGUGAAGGAACUUGUCCUGGCUCCUCAGUGUAUUCUCUUGAAGCAAACCAGAUGCAACACGAGUGUAGUUGCUGCCAAGAAUACAGCAGCCAAACAAGAGAGGUGACCCUGACUUGCCAAAAUGGAACAAGCAUAAAUUAUAACUAUGUCUAUGUGGAACAAUGCCAGUGUAUGAACGCAUGCACUUCGAAGACCUCUACAGCACAUAGUUCCCAGCUGAAACAAUCUGCAGCAUAUGCUUCCCAAUGGAAAACCAGCAGAAGAUAG